AUGCAUGAAAUCAUAACCCUUCAGCUUGGCAACAAAAGUAACUAUCUAGCGACCCAUUUCUGGAACGCUCAGGAAUCUUAUUUCACAUAUUCUCAUGAUGAGAUAUCCCUGGUCAACCCAGACAUCCACUUUCGACCAGGCCUUGGUUCCGAUGGAUCAGAGACAUUCACUCCUCGAACCAUAAUCUAUGACCUGAAGGGUGGGUUUGGCACUCUCCGUAAAUUCAAUGCAUUAUAUGACAUCCAGGAUGAGUCUCAUCCUCCCCUGGGUCUUUGGGAUGGCAACACCGCGCGACAUCUACAACAGCCCAUUGAGCCAUCUGAGUUCCAAAGGAACCUAGAUCUAGGUCUCCCGACUGCUCAACUCCACGCCUCGGACGUGAGGUAUUGGUCUGAUUUCAACCGAGUCUUCUAUCACCCUAGAUCCAUCGUCCAGCUCCACGAGUACGAAUUGAACUCGCAACUGAUGCCCUUUGAAAACUGGUCGGCAGGCGGAGACUUGUUUGAAAGCCUGGACAAGGAGGUUGAUCUGCUUGAUCGUGAUGUCAGACCGUUCGUAGAAGAAUGCGAUCAAGUGCAGGGUUUUCAACUGUUCACUGGGGCGGAUGACGCUUGGGGAGGGUUUGCUGCAAAGUAUGUGGAUAAUGUGAGAGACGAGUAUGGUAGGACAAGUAUCUGGGUCUGGGGGAUGGAAGAUGGUUCCAGGGCCACCAGGGAAAAACGAUCGGUGAGGGCGUGCAAUGCCGCGAGAACCCUUCAGUCAAUUGGUCAGCAAGCAUCAGCAUACGUCCGACUUGCUACUCCUCCGGCAGUCCUCCCUCAGUACGUACACCUCGACGAUGGUUCUGCCUGGAUGAGUACUGCGCUCCUCUGUGCGGGCGUCGAAUCUGUUACACUUCCGACAAGACUCCAUGCCGAAGUAGGGAAAAGAGGCUCGUUGGGUCUACUCGAGGACACUUUGAAUACCAAUGGGGUUCAAAAUGUGUUUGAGCUUCAUGCAAGCGUCACGAGUUCAAAUGUUGGUGCAAGCCAUUCUUCCAACGGAGUUGCAAGGGUGCAAGGGAACGGGCAUGAAGAAAAUCAAAGUGCCAAUGUGCCAGAGCCGUCAGAUUUCGACUUGGACUACAGCCCGAGUCUCAGCAACCCGUCAGCCAGGAGGUCUAAUCACGUUUUUGCCCAGGUGGAAUGUGAGCGUGACCACCUCGAGUCAGGCACUCGACCGUUGACCCUUAACCCGGAGGAGCGGCUUCGAAGAAGACUGAACGAGGAGAGCGUGGUAGAGCUAUUUCAGACUAGCCUCCAAUUUCCUCUGCUUGACACAUUUCCAGACACACUCUUCGAGACCAGUCGACGGCCCAGCGGGUUAGACGUUUCGGCAGCCUUGGGAUGCAAUUCCAGAAUGAAGAGCAGGAUUCUUGACCUGAGGGACCUGACUGCCCGCCUAAUGCCACGGGAAGAACGGGAGGCACACUACAACGACUUGACACAAAUGGCCCAGAACUACGGCAUUGGGUGGGAGUCAGGAUCAGAUUCUGGGAUCGACGAUGAGUGA